GCUCGUGUUCUAUACCUUCUCUUUCAGAACUUACUGGUCAAUGUUUUCUAGGAUCCUGGAACCUUCAUCUUUUCAAAUCUGCAAUAAAAUCUUUACAUUCUCCUAAAGUCUAUAGCUAAAUUUAGCCUCAGACGUGCAUCAAAACUUUCGAAAGGUUGUGGUACCACGAACUUUGACCAUUAUGGAAGGCGGCAACCUUGAACUUCUUUUACAGAUCCUAGAAGAUUAUGGCAUACCUUUCGAUCGCAAUGCAAUCAAAUCCGAUUAUGCUCGUAGUCCAGCUGCGGUUGAAGCUUGGAUUUCAAAAUACCUUGGUCCAGAAACACUACUGACCAAGGAUGAAGUCGCACUACAUGGUGUACUGUCACAAUCAGGGGAUGCAGAUAAACUAGCAAAUUCACAGAAUCCAUCGAGUAUAUCCGAUCUGAGUGAUGAACAACUCCAUACCGCUAUUGAGGAAUUACAACGAUCUACUACCGCGAUUGAAAAGCAAAGUGAAGCGCUCCGAUCACAACAAAAUGCUGUGGCUUUGAUUGUCAAAAACAAUAAGAAGGUGGGAGUAGCUCGGACAGAAGCAGAUGCAAAACAGCUACGGAAAUGGGAAGCAGAAAAUGGUCAGGUCUCCUCAGCAGUAGAGGAACUGUCUCAAAAUUUGAUGUAUCAGCUCUCAGAUUUGGAGCAACAAAACAAAAUAUCACAAUCCGAUGCCAAACAGACAGUGGACGAGAUUUUCAAGGCGGAUGAUAGACUAUUGACAAGUUUGCAAAAGCUUGCGGAAGAGCUUGAUCCUGGAUCUUCAGAAGAUCAUGAUACUAUUUCAAGGAUACGGGAUCUUUGUGCGAGGUAUAUUAAACAUACUGUCGACGGAGUUAGGACAAAGCUUGAUCGAAUAUACAUUGAAGCUCUUAAUGGUAGUGCAGAUUCUCAAGAUGCAAACAAGCAGGAAGUCGCCGAAUUACAAGAAGAGCUCGAAUCAUUAUACUCCGAGGUAUUGCCUGUGGCUCAAAUGUCUGCCGAACAGCAAUAUCUGGAACCAGCAUUACGGGAAAUCGCUGCCAAAGGAGAUUCGGGCCAAGAUCGAGCUUACCAAGCUUUGAAAUACAUGCAAGAAUGCCUUAGUUUUCUCGUCAGGCGUACAGGGAUAUAUGCAGAACACAUCGAAGAAUAUCAGUGUCAUCAGAUGGCCACUAAAUUUGCAAUAGAGACCGGAAAGAAAGAGCUUCAAAAUCAAGCAGCUUCACAGUCUAGCACAUCCAUUACACGUCAACGACAAACCUCUCAGGUACAAGCACAAUCUCGCAAUAAUCGCCGACGUUCUUCACUGUUCGAAGAGAUGGACGCCGAACAACAAUUACUUCGCAAUCUGGGCAUCACACUUCCAAACGAAAGCGAUACUGAUGACGCGCGGACGGAAUUUCUGGAGAAAUCUCUUCAAGAAAGGACAGAGAAACUUAAGAACCACAUGGCCAAUCUGGAGUCAACAACUGAAACCACCAUUUCUUCACAUGUGCAUAAUGCCGAUGUCACAAUGAAACUUCUUUACAACGCCCUUCAAGCUGAUUCAGUAUACGGGGAGGUUCAACUACUUGAUCCAGAUAUUGUAUCGUCAUUUAAUACAUUUGAGGAGGAAAUCAAGAAUUUACAGGAAAAUCUCGAAGCCGUAAAUCUACAAAGGUUACAACUAAAGAAUGUUCAUAAAGAGCAGCUGAUCAAACGUUGGUCAAGGUGACCAUCUGUCUGAGCGAGAAAGAGGGAAUCGAUAGAUGGUGUUUCCUUGCAAAGUGGAUUAGAAUUCGAUAUUCGAGGAGAUACUAUCCAUUAUAUCAAUCACAAUUAAAGACUUCUUAAAGACAUUACUCUUAGGUUUCAGAUGAUCGUGGCAGAUGUCACCAUCAUCACGUGUUUCGAUAUUGGGAGGGGUGGUAUCUUACGAUUCAAGCUUGUGGUGGCCAUGCAAAAAAUUGAUCCCGAAAUGCAAGGGCAAGCACCACACGUGGCUUACUAUAGGCUUCUUACAUGCCCGCAUGCAUGAGAGAGGCUCAUUCCAAAGUAAUCUUCCCUUGAUGAAAAAUUUAUCAUCUUGGCCACUCAAGUCUAUCUAAGACACGCAUCGAGUCAUAUAUCCGCAGUCAUGCACGAGACCUACCAAGAUUUUGUAUCCGAGAUAAUCAAGUAUUCAUAGCCUUUCAAUCGUCAAGGGUACCUGCGUGACACUACACCUUAAGAAACAAACAGUAUGCAUGCAAUCCUUCAUCCUUAACCAUCGUGUUGGAAUCUUUUCAUGCCCCUGGCGGCUGUGGUGUGGGAGCGAGAUUGUAUGACACCCAAGCUUUAGACCCUUAUCGCUAGGAUUGUGGAACACAUUGAUUUGCAAGAGUAGAGUUUAGAGUUGGAUAUUAUGUUGAGAGGAGAGGGAAAUUUAUAAGAGAGAAAAUACGAUUUUUGCAAUUCGAUAUUUGAGAGAUGAUUUUGUGAUUUUGAUUGUGGGGUACAGCUGGUAUGGAUUGGUAAUUUGUACCUAAUAAUUUAUUUGAUACGCCAACAUGAGGUUCACAUAAGGCUUAUCAUUAUUAGUCUAACGUAGUACGAGUAGAUAUAGUAGGUUUCUCGGAUCCUCAAGGAGGAAUGGAUAGGAUGCAUUUAAAUGAUGAAUAGGGAGCGCUAAGUUGUUUUUUUUGUUUGUGGUUGGGUAUUGUUAUCGUUUCUUUGAUUACUUGUUAUUUGUAUGAUGAAUAGAUGAAUAGAUGAAUAGAUGGGAUUGUAUGUUGGUUUCUAUGUAUGUAGGUAUGUAUGUAGGUAUGUAUGUAGGUAUGUGUGUA